AUGAGUGCUCAAGUAUUAUUUAGGGUGAAAUGUUCAACAGAAUUUAGUUAAAUGGUGAGAAUCGUUGGAAACACUCCAUAAUUAGGGAAUUGGAAUCCAUAACAAGGAUUUAAAUUAAUAACCAAUAAUGAAAUGUAUCCCAUUUGGUAUAGUGAUUAUGCUUUGGAAGUUGAACUAAGUAUAUACUUUUUAUAUUUCUAGAUUAACUAGUCGAAUUCAAAAUUAUAAUAACUGAUGGGUACAAUUCCUUUUGGGAAUGUGGCGAGAAUCGAUCCAUUUAGAUAUAAGGUUAGAAAUUAGUGGUUGUUUUGACUUACAACUUGCCAUCCGUCUUUAUUUACAACAUUAAAAGAAUAUUUUCAGACUCAGAUCUCACUACAAUUGCUUAAGGUAAUUUAAAAAAAAUAAAAUCUAGGAAGAACAAGAAAAGUUUCCAUUUAACUGAAGGAUAAAUUAUAUGAUUCAGACGAUGACUCAGUAAUUUAUUGUUUUAUUCUUUUCUAGGAUUCAGAAUAAGACAGUGAUGUAAAUUCCCUAUUUUAAGAUGAAAUCAUUUCAUGUAAUUCAAAUGAAACCAUUUCAAAUUCUCCAAAUUCUUCUCAUUUCGAGCCAAUCUUUUAGCUCGCUUCCGAACUGGGAACUGGUGAAAAUUGAUUUUGCUAAUCU